AUGAAGAAUAGGAGCUGUUGGGAGACGGGAUCCGUCCGCUCCUGCUGCAACUCUGGGUGCCUGAAUAAAAUUAAGAAGGAUGACUCCGGCGACGAGGAAUCCACCUCGCAGUCUGACAAGAGCGAAGUGCACAGCACGCUGAAGCACCUCUCCGGUAAACUGGACGACCUCAGCGCUUUCAACGACCUGAUCGCCAAGCACGGGGCGGCUCUCCAGAGGUCCCUGAGUGAGCUGGAGAACCUCAAGUUGCCGGCCGAGAGCGGGGAGAAGAUCAAGGCGGUCAACGAGCGAGCCACCCUCUUCAGGAUCACCUCCAAUGCUAUGAUAAAUGCCUGCCGGGACUUCCUGGAUCUUGCAGAGGCCCACAGCAGAAAGUGGCAGCGGGCCCUUCAGCACGAAUGUGAGCAGCGCAUCCGCCUGGAGGAGACCAUCGAGCAGUUGGCCAAGCAGCACAACCACCUAGAACGGGCUUGUCGGGGAGCGCCCAGCCUCUCCGCGAACCCCACUGCGCACGCGUCCCGAGCAGGAAGCGUGCAGAGUGGAAAAGGAGACGUCAGUGAUGAAGAUGAGGAGACGGAGUACUUUGAUGCUAUGGAAGACGCUCAUGCUUUCAUCACAGUAGCCGCCGAGCCACCAAAACAUCACCGGCACACCAGCAGCAACAUUAGUGUGGGCAGCGAGGGUCGUUCAGACGAUUGGACCUUGAGCGGCAGUGUGUUUGAGGCCUCCACUCAUACUGGCCUCGGUGCUUCAAGCAAGCAUGGGGUCGCCCACAAGAAGAGGCGCACUGAAAUUCCAGACAAGCCCAACUACAGCCUUAAUCUCUGGAGCAUAAUGAAGAAUUGCAUCGGUAAAGAACUGUCCAAGAUCCCUAUGCCUAUCAACUUCAACGAGCCUCUCUCGAUGCUACAGAGGCUGACCGAGGACCUGGAGUAUCACGAACUGCUGGACCGAGCGGUCAGGUGCGAGAGCGCCAUUGAGCAGAUGUGCUUUGUGGCGGCCUUUUCCGUGUCUUCCUAUUCAACCACUGUCCAGCGGACCGCCAAGCCCUUCAACCCGCUCCUGGGUGAGACCUUCGAACUGGACCGCCUGGACGAGCUUGGCUUCCGCUCGCUCUCUGAGCAGGUGAGUCAUCACCCCCCAGCAGCAGCUCACCAUGUGUACUCCAGGCGUGGCUGGACGCUGUGGCAGGAGAUCACCAUUGCCAGCAAGUUCCGUGGCAAAUACCUUUCCAUCUUGCCACUGGGCACCAUCCACCUCGAAUUCCACUCCAGCGGCAAUCACUAUAUCUGGCAAAAAGUGACAUCCACAGUUCACAAUAUUAUUGUGGGAAAACUCUGGAUUGACCAGUCUGGUGACAUAGAAAUCCUCAACCACAAAUCAAAAGACAAAUGCCAGCUGAAAUUCACACCCUACAGUUACUUCUCCAGAGACAUCCCCCGGAAGGUGACGGGGGUGGUGAUGGAUGCCGAUGGCAAUGAGCGCUACGUCAUGUCCGGCACAUGGGACGAGAAGAUGGAGUGUUCAAAGAUCAUUGAAACCAGCCAGGGAAACUCCAUUUCGGAAGGCAAGCUUCCGAAAACGGUCUACCAGACCUUGUCCCCAAAGGUCCUGUGGAUGAAAUAUCCCCUCCCGGAGAACGCCGAAAACAUGUACUUCUUCUCCAAACUGGCGCUGACCCUCAACGAGCCGGAAGAAGGCGUCGCUCCCACGGAUAGCCGCCUGAGGCCUGACCAGCAGCUGAUGGAGAACGGCAAAUGGGACGAGGCCAACAUGGAGAAACAACGCUUAGAAGAGAAGCAACGGGCCGUGCGCCGGCAGCGGGAAAUCGAGGCAGCCGAAGCGCUGGCAGAAGGCAAGGACUACAAGGGCUACAUCCCAAUGUGGUUUGAGAGGAAGGUGGACCCGGUGACGGGGGAGCUGAUGUGCGUCUACAAGGGCGGUUACUGGGAGAGCAAAGAGAAGCAGGACUGGAGCCAGUGUCCCAGCAUCUUCUGA